AUGAAGCGUUCGUCGCUGAUUCUUCUAUCUAUUCUUGCAUUCCAAUCAGUUCAAUGCUUCCGACAACAUGCUCCUCCUCACCCACCAAUCCGUCGGAAUUCAGAUUCUUCUGAUGAUUCAUCAAUGAGUUCAGAGGGUGACUCUUUUGAGGAUGACGUUAUGCAGAAGAAGAAUCAGAAUCAAAGAAAACGUAUCGACCCAGACAGUAUGAUUCAGUUGCAACAGAAACAAGAAGAAGAGCGUGUACAGGGACAGACAAUCUUCGAGGAGAAGAGAGAUAAGUUCUUCGACCGCCCAUCUUCAGAAGAGAUGGAAGCUUAUGAGGAAAAGGUGAAACGUCAGAAGAACAAUCGUGUCAUUGAAGAUCAACUUGUGAUGGAAGAGCCAAUGAAACCUGUCCGUGGACCAAAACCAAUGAAGCCAAAGAUGGAUGACACAGAUGAGAAACUAUUCUUGGCUGCUCUCGGUCAAAUAUAUCUGGAAAAAUUGGACGAUGGGUCUCGCGAAAAUGAUCGUUUCCCGGGACCACCAGGACCAAUCGGACCAAUGGGACCACCUCCACCACCACCACCAAUGGACUACGAUUAUUUGUUUGUUCCAGUUGAAACUCCAGGAAAGGUGGAAUCAAACAACAACGGAAACAACAAUGUUCAUGUGAAUGUUAAUCAUGUUCAGGUCAACUCGAAUGUCCUCCACGUGCCAGAGAAAGACAAGAAGAAGAGCGACGAACAUCACGAAGAAAUGCCACCAAUCAUCCCAUCGUAUCACUAUUCUGAGCCAGUCUCUACCUCUAAAUACAUGUAUUUCAACUUCAACAUGGUUGACUGUGCAAUUCUUGCUGUUCUUGUGGCCGUCUUCUUGUUCGCUACCAAAAAAGCAUACAUGAAGUGUUUCCCAAAGAAAUCAGUUGCCCCACAAUUGCCAACAACUCUUCCCCCGACCUACACUCCAUCCUCAAUUGUCGUUGAAACUGUCUCUAAGAAAACACCACAGUAA